AAUCGCAAACGCUACAGACCGGUUCGGUUCGGUUCAAUCUCAGAUAUUAAAUUCACUGGUAACCUUUCUCGAACCGAACCGACCCAAUUCGGCUCAGAUCGAUGUGUGUGACGACGAUUUCUCUCAGACGAUAAUCAGUGUGAGACAUCGAGUCGAAGAACAUAUUUAGAAUCAGAUCUGAUCUGCUUUGUAAGUUUCUAAGCUAGUCUGAUCGAAGUUGAGAUCUCCCAAUUCCACUCAGGCUUACCUCUUUUUGAUUCCUGUAAAAUCAAUUUUGGGGUAAAAUCAAAAGAGGAGGAAGUGACAAUGGAUGCUUUUAGAAGACAAGCGAGUAAGCUCAGGGAUCAAGUCGCAAAGCAGCAACUGGCUGUGAUCAAGCAGUUCAGUGGGACUGGUUAUGAAAGCUCAGAUGUAAUGGUGAUUGAUGAGUUAGAAAUGCAAAGGCAUCAUCAGCUCGAUAAGCUAUACCGCUCUACUCGUUCUGCAAAGGAGUUCCAGAGAGAGAUAGUUAAAGCAGCUGAGACUUUUACCACGAUCGGGCUCCGGCACAUUGAAGCAGGAACCAAGUUGUCUGAAGAUUGUUGUAGGUAUGGGAACGAAAAUAGUCAGAACAUUGAUGAGAAUAUUCUAGCCAAGGCUGCAGCUAUAUAUGGUGAUGCUCGGAAACAUGUAGACAAAGAACAGGAAGACUUCAACAAGCUUUUGGCUUCUCAGGUUUUGGAUCCUCUUAGAGCUAUGGUUGCCGGUUCUCCUCUGGAAGAUGCUCGUCAUCUUGCUCAACGUUACAGCCGCAUGAGACAAGAAGCAGAGACACAUGCAACAGAAGUCUCUAGAAGGCAGGCACGUGUAAGAGAAGCUCCGAUUCCAGAAAAUGUGGCAAAGCUUCAACUAGCAGAAGCAAAGAUGCAAGAGCUAAAGGCAAACAUGGCAGUUCUUGGUAAAGAAGCAACUGCUGCGUUGGCGGCUGUUGAAUCACAGCAACAUAGACUCACUUUCCAGAGGCUUGUGGCUAUGGUUGAAGGGGAGAAGAAUUAUCACUUGAGAAUAGCAGCAAUCCUUAGUGACAUUGAAGCAGAGAUGGUAACUGAGAAACAACACAAAGAAUCUGCUCCUCCUGCGAUUCCAACAGAGAACGGCUCAGAGAAAACAUCAUAUUUUUUAGCUGAAGUGGUUCAUCCGUUUUCCGCUGCUUCAGAGAAAGAGCUAGACUUGAACAAAGGAGAUUACGUCGUUGUCCGAAAGGUGAGCCAAACCGGUUGGGCUGAAGGAGAAUGCAAAGGCAAAGCUGGUUGGUUUCCUAUGGCUUACAUUGAGAAACGACAGAGACUUCCUACAAACAACUUUGCUGCUGAAGUUUACUGAGACUCUUCUUCAAAGAUUUCAUUUUUUUUUUCCUUACAUUUGUGUCUGAAAUACUUAGUUUCGUUCAGUCAUUUCUGCCAAAAAAAAAAAUACUACUCUUGUUCAUAUUUGUUUAUCCAAAUAGUGUUUACCUCCAAAAAAAAAUGUUUCGUUGGUGCCCUA